AUGAGAGGGGUAAUGAGAUUCGGAAAGAAGGUCAAGAUGAUCCCAAGAUUUAUCGGUCCUUUCGACAUCUUGGAGAGAGUUGAUUCUGUGGCGUACCGACUAGCCUUGCCUCUUGCUGUAGCUGUUGUUCACAACGUGUUCCACAUGUCUAUGUUGUAUAAGUGCACCCUAGAUCCUUCUCAUGUGAUUGAGUAUGCAAAUCUUCCUUUGAGGGAGGACUUAAGUUACGAGGAGGUGCCCAUCAGGAUUGUAGCCACGAAAAUACAGAAGCUUGGAAACAAGGAGAUAUCGCUUGUCAAGGUGGUAUGGAACAACCAUCCUGUUGAGGAAGCAACCUGGGAGUUAGAGAGCUGA